GGGAGCUUCCGGUUCCGGCCUCGGGGGAAGGGGCGGGGCCGGGGUUGUGGUGGGAGAGUUUGGCGGCGACGAGGCGUGCGCGGUUGGCUGUGAGAAACUCGGAAACCAGCUCACAUCACCCUAUUGGAAAGCUUCUAGCAACAGAAUGAGUCUGCAGUGGACUGCAGUUGCCACUUUCCUCUAUGCAGAGGUCUUUGCUGUGCUGCUGCUCUGCAUUCCCUUCAUUUCUCCCAAAAGAUGGCAGAAGAUUUUCAAGUCCCGCCUUGUGGAAUUGGUGGUGAGCUAUGGCAACACCUUCUUUGUGGUUCUCAUUGUCAUCCUCGUGCUGCUGGUCAUUGAUGCUGUGCGCGAGAUUUGGAAGUAUGACGGCGUGACCGAGAGGGUGAACCUCCAGAACAACCCCGGGGCUGUGGAGCACUUCCACAUGAAGCUCUUCCGCGCCCAGAGGAAUCUCUACAUUGCUGGCUUUUCCUUGCUCCUGUCCUUUCUGCUUAGACGCCUGGUGACUCUCAUCUCCCAGCAGGCCACGCUGCUGGCCUCUAAUGAAGCCUUUAAAAAGCAAGCAGAGAGUGCUAGCGAAGCAGCCAAGAAGUACAUGGAGGAGAAUGACCAGCUGAAGAAGGAGGCUGUUGUUGGUGGCGUCAAGUUGGAUGGCAGGGACUCCGAUGUGAAGGUGGAGGAAGAGAACAGGAGCCUGAAGGCUGAUCUGAAGCGGCUGAAGGACGAGCUGGCUGUCAGCAAGCAGAAACUGGAGAAAGCUGAAAACGAGGCUCUGGCCAUGCGGAAGCAGUCUGAGGGCCUGACCAAGGAGUAUGACCGCCUGUUGGAGGAGCACGCCAGGCUGCAGGUGGCAGUAGAUGGUCCCUCGGACAAGAAGGAGGAGUGAGGGCUCCCCGCCUGCGGUUGGCUGCCACCUGGCCCAUGCUCACUGCUUCCUGAGAGUCCAGCCUCCCGCGGUACUUCGGCUCACUCCCUUCUGCUUCCGUUCCCUUGCAUGCUUGCAGUUCAUGCUCUCCCGGCAUUCCAUAGGGGUCCUGCUCCCACCCAGGAUGAGCGAGGCAGGCACCCGGAACCCGGCUGAGGUGGGGCUUGCUUCCCCUGGGUUGAGCCCCUUUAUGUUGCGUGUUGAUGUUCGGGGCUCCAAGGCCCCUUUUCUCUGGUCCUGCAGGAGGGCAGAUGGAGCAGGAAGAGUAGAGUUUCUCUUGGGGCAAUAAAGGUUGUUGUGAUGUGUC